AUAAUGGAGUCCAACCAAACUAGAGUUGAAGAGGUUGCAUCCAACAACAUUGUCGAAAGGGAAUUACAGCCACCCAAGCCACCCAAGCGUAAGAAGAAGAAGGUGUCAUUUGCAGUCUGGUUGGAGCAGUACGCACCUGAGGAGCUAAAGACUUCUGCUGAAAAUAUCAAACAGCAGGACGCUUCAGUGGUGAUCGAAAAUGAAUCCAUCGCCAAAGCACAGGAGACAGUAGAUCAAAAAGGGGACAGACCGACACCAGAGAGUGAGUCUAAUGAGAAGAACCAGGUACCAUUUAAAACCUGGUCGGAGGAACACGUCCCCGUUGACCAGGCGAUUUCUGCAGGAAAUAUUGAAAAGCAGAACAAUUCACUGGUCAGUGAAGAAGAGUCCACCGCUGGAGUGCAGGAGACAAUAGAUAUAGCAGAGAAGGAACAGCCCUCUAAGUCUAAGGAACAGCCAUCAAGGACAAGGCGCAACAGGAAGAAAAUGAUACCAUUUCAUAUCUGGUUGGAGAAACAUGCCCCUGCUGAUCUAAAGAUUUCAGCUGAAAGUACUGGAAUGGAAGACGUUUCACUGGAUACCAAACAGGAAUCGAUCCCCGUACUGCAGGAGAUUCCAGAGAAGGAACAGCCCUCUAAGUCUGGUGCUGAAAAUGUUAUAAAGCAGGACAUUUCUCUGCCUAAAGAAGAAGGUGAUCAGGAAGAUUCCUUAAAGAAGGAGAUUUGCGAAGAGGAACCUGUGAUUUCCACAACACAGCUUGUCGGCGAAAAGAAAUCCAUCUCCAAAUCACAUGAGACAGUGGAUCAAAAAGGGGACAGACCGACACCAGAGAGUGAGUCCAAUGAGAAGAACCAGGUACCAUUUAAAACCUGGUCGGAGGAACACGUCCCCGUUGACCAGGCGAUUUCUGCAGGAAAUAUUGAAAAGCAGAACAAUUCACUGGUCAGUGAAGAAGAGUCCACCGCUGGAGUGCAGGAGACAAUAGAUAUAGCAGAGAAGGAACAGCCCUCUAAGUCUAAGGAACAGCCAUCAAGGACAAGGCGCAACAGGAAGAAAAUGAUACCAUUUCAUAUCUGGUUGGAGAAACAUGCCCCUGCUGAUCUAAAGAUGUCAGCUGAAAGUACUGGAAUGGAAGACGUUUCACUGGAUACCAAACAGGAAUCGAUCCCCGUACUGCAGGAGAUUUCAGAGAAGGAACAGCCCUCUAAGUCUGGUGCUGAAAAUGUUAUAAAGCAGGACAUAUCUCUGCCUAAAGAAGAAGGUGAUCAGGAAGAUUCCUUAAAGAAGGAGAUUUGCGAAGAGGAACCUGUGAUUUCCACAACACAGCUUGUCGGCGAAAAGAAAUCCAUCUCCAAAUGCCAGAAGGAAGUGGAUCAAAAAGAGGAGAAACAAACAUCGAAGACGAAGCGCAUCAAGAAGACACCACUGUUAUGGAAAUCUUUCCCAGAGUCAGAUGCUUGCAUAGACCUUGCAUUUUUUACUGAAAACAAUGACAUCAAUAAUGGUCCUCUGCCGGAAAAAGAAAAUGAUCAGGCAGCUUUGCCCAGCACCGGAAAUAAGACAUUUUGGAAGAUGCUCCCCAAGUCAGAACCUCGCAUAGAUACCUUCAAACCGUACUGA